AGUUGCUAAUCGUAACUAUUACAAUGGAUGAUAACUCCUUGAGCGAUGACGAAGUAAAGGAAUCUCCUCUCAGCCCUGCUAUGGGUGGAAAGAAGUUGAAACUAAACGACGGAAGUUCGCAGGAUAGCUCCAAUGGAUCAGCUUCGUCGAGUAAGGAUGUGAAGGACGAAAAUGUGGACAGCGGGGUGUCCGCAGAUAAAUCAGAGAGCAUUAGCAGCGAGGAGCGAGCCGCAGAGCCUUUAGAAGGGCCCUCGAACGUGGUGGUUAACGCGGCGCCGUCGAGCAGUAUCCAUGGGAUCGUUCUAAACAUUCGGCGCCCAAGACUCGGAAGGUGUUACAGAAAACGAAAAACGCCCGACAGAGACUCCGACAGUGAUAAUUCAAGGGAUUCUGAUGAUUUAUCAACAGAAGAAAGCCCUCCUGUGUCAAGGAGAUUGUCUAAUAAUUCAGAUGGAGAGAGUGUGGAUUUGGAAAGGUCCUUAGGCGCAUUUUCAGAGGUGUCUAGAAGCCCCUCCAGCAACAGCAAUCAUAGUUCUUCCAAUGAGUCAAGUUACGGGCAGUCCAGCGAGCUGAAUCUGAUCAACUCAGACUCGGACAGUGAUGAUGGCAACCUGUGGCAAAGGUCUGACAUUGACCAAGAGGACAAGGCAAAGAUGGACAGUGUCUUGUCCAAGACUAGGCCAAAACAUAGUUAUUUUAUAUUGAGAGAGAUUAUGAAUCGAGAGAUGGGCCUGACGCUGCCCCGUGGAAAGACAACCAAGGAGGAUGUGAUGUUCGAAAGGAGGUUCUACGGCUCGCUGCACGCCGUUUACAGGCUGCAGAAGCUGCACCACCUCAACAAGCAUAAGGGCUGUGUUAAUUCGAUAAAUUUUCACCCUGAAGGACAACUGCUAGCGUCGGGGUCGGACGACACGAACGUGGUGGUGUGGGACUGGGCGCGGCAGGUGGCGCUGCAGACCAUCAAGACCGGCCACAAGUCCAACGUCUUCCAGAGCAAGUUCCUGCACCUCAACGCCAGGAGCCAGCUCAACAUCGUCACCUGCGCCAGGGAUGGACAGGUCCGUCUUCUCCAAUGCCCGCCGAGCGGCGGCGCCACGGUGUCGCGGCGGCGGCUCGCGUCGCACUCGCGCGCCGCGCACAAGCUGCACGUGAGCGCGCACGCGCCGCACCUCGUCGUGUCCGGCGGCGAGGACGGCGUCGUGCUGCAGUGCGACGUGCGCGCCGAGCAGGCCAACAAACUAUUCCACGUGAAGGAGUCCGGGUCGUCGAUCCCGCUGUACAGCGUGUCGGGGCACCCGCUGGAGCCGCUCCUGCUGUGCGUGGCGGGGCGGGACCGCUUCGUGCGCGUGUACGACACCAGGCACGCGGCGCGCGCCAGGGACCUCUUCUGUCCGAACUCCUUCCAAGACCACGAGACAGACGGUAAGAAGAAGUUCAAAUACAACAUGAUGCAUCUGACAUGCGCGAUAUACAACCACGACGGCAGCGAAAUACUCGGCUCGUAUAACGACGAAGAUAUCUAUCUCUUCGACAGCAUACGAGAUGUCUACGAUAAAGACAACCCCAACAGGGAGACGAACGGCUACACGCACAAGUAUAGCGGGCACCGGAACAGCGCCACGUUCAAGGGGGUGGCGUUCUUCGGGCCCAAGAGCCAGUACGUCGUGUCGGGGUCCGACUGCAGCCAUAUAUACAUCUGGGAUAAGGAGACUGAGGCCAUCGUGCAGUGGAUGGAGGGCGACAUCGGCGGCGUGGUGAACUGCAUAGAGACGCACCCGCGCAGCCCCGUGCUGGCGAGCAGCGGGCUGGACAAGGACGUGAAGAUCUGGGUCCCCUCCAGCCAGGAGGAACCCUCCUACGCAGGCCUAGAGAAGAUAGUCCGCGAGAACAGCACCACCCAGAGGAGUCCGCUGUUCAGUGAUUUUUUACCUACACUCUAUAACGCGUGGCGCGGCGAGAACCGCCUCUUCACCGACGAGGACCGCGCGCCGCCCUACGGCGGCAACAUCGAGUUCGACGGCAACGUCUGCACCGCCUUCUAGUGAACGGGCUUUUCUAGCUGAACGGAUAUUUCCUUACGGAUGUGCUGACUAACACACUGUCUCUGU